UGAUUAGAAACAAAGUAGCGAGCAAUCACUGCAAGAUACACUUGGCAACAACAGUGAUGAUUCCUAGGGUUCAGCGUAUGCUGUUGAACAUUUCAGCAUGGUUUAGAAGGAGAGCACCACAAAAGAGAUGUAGAUCAUGUAUAUUACAUGCACAACUCUAUGAGGACAUACAGCGAAGGAUGGUUAACGAGGAAAACUUCGAAAGCCUGGGAGACGGGCGACAUUUUGACUACAGGACAAGACAGAUUCAUGACAGAAUAUUUUGAUUGAGAUUGUUUUGGUCCGUAAUGACCCUGCAAUCAUCUCCUCUCGCUCACAGUGUCGCAAUGAUCGCUGUAUUGUCUCAAAGCGCUAGAUAGCGAGCAGAUAGCGGCCAUCUUAUAGUUGUCAGCGGCCAGAUUUUACAGAGCUACCGCUGCUAACAUGUGGUGCUCAGGAACGGUCUCUUGAAAUCAAGCUCUUGUCAAGUGAGAAGUUAGAACAAACAGACUAGGAUGACUCUCCGUGCUUCCACUGGCUCCGACGUUUCGCUCAGCUCUGCUGCUGCGGACGCAGCUGCAGCUUUGCAGGCAGUAGCAGCGGGCAAACCUGUACAGGCAGUCAACGACGUGUGGGUCCCCACCUUCGAGAUGAGGAGAGACUCGGCCGAGGCGCUCAGGAUGGUACAGGAGAGCUGCAACUGGUAAUGGGAAACAAGAGGGCAAGACGAUCGGAAGCGUUUGAGCUGCCUUGUGAGAAGCACGAUGCUCACGAUAUGCGAAUGUGCCUCCUGUUGUGUCCGCUGGUGGUUUUCUGUUGGUUCCCGCGGCUUGCGUAACGGCAAGAUUUGUUGAGAAGGACGAUGCCUGCUAUGUCUCCUCGUGACAGUUUUUCUGUUGUUUCCCCGUCAUGGUAGCUUUAAAUCUUGCCUUGUGUCACAGUAAUUGAAAUUAAACCUCUCAAAACUCUCA